GAGACAGACACUUAUUCUUAUAUAGGAAAGAUCAUCAUUCAGUGUAACGAAGGUUCAGUUAUUGCAUUUUACUCUGUCCUGGGUUACCUGGGGAUUCUGGCAGCUGUUAGUUUUAUUGUAGCUUAUUUAGCCAGGACAUUGCCGGACAGCUUUAAUGAGGCCAA